CAACUGAUGUUCUGCUUUUCAAAAACAUUCAGUCGAAAACGGUUGCACAAAAUUCCAUCUCCUCAAGCUUCGCUUCCCCCUUUCCCGAACAUUUUCGGAUCCAUCCGGACAUUCCAUGGGUACGGUGGUCAGCACCCUGCAGCGACCCAAUCUCUACGUGAGCAUGGACAGCUCACAUGCGCAGUUCGUGCGGGACACAAUCAGCAGCAACAAGGUGGUGAUCUUCAGCAAGAGCUACUGCCCCUACUGCAGCAUGGCCAAGGAGCAAUUCCGGAAGAUCAACAUCAAGGCAACGGUGAUCGAGCUGGACCAGCGGGAGGAUGGCAACGAGAUCCAGGCGGUUCUUGGCGAGAUGACGGGUUCGAGGACCGUUCCGCGCUGCUUCAUCGAUGGCAAGUUCGUGGGCGGCGGCACCGACGUGAAGCGGCUAUACGAACAGGGCAUACUGCAGAAGUAUUUUCUGUGAAAAUGGGCCGCCUUAUGAUAUUCCUUUUGCUUUUCUGCAGUAAUAAAGAUAGCAGUUGGUGGGACCCAUAAAAUACAAA